GCUGAGCGAAUGCUGAGGAGGGGUGGUGACGACUAAAAAAAGGCUCUUGGUUGAAAUAACAGCAAUAGCCUGAGCUGCGAGUACUAUAGAAAAGAAAACCUUUGCUAUUAUGACUCUCAUGAACAUUUGUUGACAUCAGUGCAAUGGACAGAGCUGAGGAAAAAAUGACCUUCUUGUGAACUUUUACAAAGAAUGCAAAAGAGCCAAGUGUGAGUUUCAAUGCUGUUGCCCAUGAAAGCUCAUAGGGAAGAUGGCUGACGUAAGCCUGAAGGAAGUGGCACUAAUUGUUGGUGUGGUGGCAGCCUGCUACUGGAACAGUCUCUUCUGCGGCUUUGUUUUUGAUGAUGUUUCAGCAAUUUUGGACAACAAAGAUUUACAUCCUUCUACUCCAUUAAAAAAUCUGUUUCAGAAUGACUUCUGGGGUACUCCAAUGUCUGAGGAGAGGAGUCAUAAAUCUUACCGACCACUCACAGUUCUCACAUUUCGUUUAAACUACCUGUUCAGCGAGUUAAAUGCAGUUUCUUACCACUUCCUAAAUCUCAUCUUUCAUGGGGUGGUUUGUGUAGUCUUCCUCAAGGUCUGUAAGCUUUUUCUGGACAACAGGAGUAGUGUUGUUGCAUCCUUACUCUUUGCAGUGCACCCAAUACAUACUGAAGCGGUAACCGGAGUUGUGGGCAGAGCAGAGCUUCUAUCAUCCAUCUUUUUUCUAGCUGCCUUUUUAUCAUAUACUAAAUCUAAAGGGCCAGAUAAUACCAUAGUGUGGACUCCAAUUGCAGUGACUGUGUUUCUAGUAGCUGUUGCAACAUUGUGUAAAGAGCAAGGAAUAACGGUGGUGGGGAUAUGCUGUGUGUAUGAAGUAUUUAUUGCGCAAGGGUAUACCUUGCCAGUGCUGUUGGACACAGCUGUGCAGAUUCUUCAAGGGAAGGGCAGUAUACCUUUUUCCAUGCUCCAAACGCUGUUGAAGCUCAUAGUACUAAUGUUCAGUACACUGCUUCUUGUUGUUGUCAGAGUCCAGGUUAUACAGUCUCAACUUCCAGUGUUUACAAGGUUUGAUAACCCAGCUGCUGUAAGUCCAUCUCCAGCAAGGCAGCUGACUUUCAACUACCUCCUCCCUGUAAAUGCUUGGCUUCUUCUCAACCCCUCAGAGUUAUGCUGUGACUGGACAAUGGGAACUAUUCCACUCGUGGAGUCUUUGUUAGAUGUUAGAAAUGUUGCCACCCUUAUAUUCUUUUGCUUUCUGGGAUCUUUGGUUGUCUUCAGUCUCCGAUAUCCUGGGGAUUCCUCCAAGACUGUACUGAUGGCACUCUGCUUAAUAGUGCUACCCUUCAUUCCUGCAUCAAACCUCUUUUUUCCUGUUGGAUUUGUAGUAGCAGAACGUGUGUUAUAUGUUCCUAGCAUGGGAUUCUGCAUUUUAGUGGCACAUGGAUGGAAGAAAUUAUCAAAUAAAAGUGUACUAAGAAAAAUCUCUUGGGUUUGUUUGGCUGUGGUACUAUUCACGCACGCCUUAAAAACACUGCACAGAAACUGGGACUGGGAAUCAGAAUACACAUUGUUUAUGUCAGCUUUAAAGGUGAAUAAGAACAACGCAAAACUAUGGAACAAUGUGGGGCAUGCCUUAGAAAAUGAAAAGAAUUUUGAAAGAGCUUUGCAAUUCUUCAUACAAGCCACCCAAGUGCAACCAGAUGAUAUUGGUGCCCACAUGAAUGUAGGAAGAACUUACAAAAACUUAAACAAAACUAAAGAAGCCGAAGAAUCAUAUAUGAUUGCUAAAUCAUUGAUGCCACAGAUUAUUCCAGGUAAAAAGUAUGCAGCAAGAGUUGCUCCUAACCACCUGAAUGUUUAUAUUAAUCUUGCAAACUUAAUUCGAGCAAAUGAAUCUCGCCUUGAAGAAGCAGAUCAAUUAUAUCGACAAGCAAUUAGUAUGAGGCCAGAUUUCAAGCAGGCUUACAUCAGCAGGGGAGAAUUACUUUUAAAAAUGAACAAGCCUCUGAAAGCUAAGGAAGCUUACCUUAGAGCUCUAGAACUAGACAGAACCAAUGCAGACCUGUGGUACAACUUGGCAAUUGUUUACAUUGAACUGAAAGAUCCAACAGAAGCCCUGAAGAAUUUUAACCGAGCACUAGAACUCAACCCAACACAUAAAUUAGCAUUGUUCAACUCAGCCCUGCUAAUGCAGGAAUCUGGUGAUGCUCGGCUUAGACCCGAAGCUAAACAAAGACUGUUAAAUUAUGUGAAAGAAGAACCACAGGACGCAAAUGGCUACUUCAAUUUGGGUAUGCUGGCAAUGGAUGACAAAAAAGAUGUGGAGGCAGAGGCAUGGAUGAAGAAAGCCAUAAGGUUACAGCCAAACUUCCGAAGUGCUUUGUUCAAUUUGGCAUUGCUUUAUUCUCAGACAUCAAAAGAAUUGAUGGCUUUGCCUGUCCUGGAAGACCUACUGAAAUACUAUCCUGAUCAUACCAAAGGUCUCAUUUUGAAAGGAGAUAUCCUUAUGAACCAAAAGAAAGAUAUAGUUGGAGCAAAACAGUGCUUUGAAAAAAUUUUGGAACUGGAUCCCAACAAUGUACAAGGAAAACAUAAUCUUUGUGUAGUUUACUUUGAAGAACGGGACUUAAUAAAAGCAGAAAAAUGUUUGGUUGAAACUCUAGCUCUGGCACCUCAUGAGGAGUAUAUUCAGCGUCAUCUGAACAUAGUUAGAAGUAAAAUUGCAUCACUUAGUGCUACAGAACAGUCAUCACUUCCGGCAGAUGGGACUGCAACUACUGCUGCAGAAGAAAAAAAAAAAUCAUUUCAAAAUUUGAAAGAAGUAAAAAAUGAGCAGAAAACCUCCCAAAUGAUAGCUGAUAACAAAAAAGGACAAUCAAAAAAUAAGAAACGAACAGAGAAAAACAAUAUGGAAGAAGAGACUCCCAAAAAAUCUACAAAAGAAAUCAAAGAUAUUGAGAAAAAGAGAGUUGCUGCUUUGAAAAGACUAGAAGAGAUUGAACGUAUAUUAAAUGGUGAAUAGUCUUUAUCAUGUCACAAAAGAGUACAGGAGGAGUGCUAUUUUUAGGUGUUUAAUAUGGCCCAACUCGAAGAUGGUUUCAGUGCUUUGGACGUAUAAAAAAUGUUGACUUCAUAUCAUUUGGCAAGCAGUGAAAGUCAUUGCAAUGCUUUAUGUGAGAACUACAAAUUAAAUACGAUGUGGGGUAUAGAUGGGGAUUAAAGAGUAAUGGGUUGAGAAUAAUCUUAAAUGCAGAAUCUUAUUUGAGAAAAUAGUACUCAAAAAUCAUUGUAAGUCAGGGAUAUUCAGGAAGGUUACUUUCAAGGAAUCCAUGAAAAAAAUGAGUGGUGAACUGAUAGGAUAAGCCAGACACUGCUGCUUUUCCACAUAAAAAUCUGUUUGGGUUAAUGUUUUCUACAUUUCCAUUUUACACAUCAACAGUUUAAAUCUUUCUAGACCUUUGUUUGCUCUACGUGGAAAAGCAUUUUUCUUUGUGUUAUUUGUUUAGAGAGCUUAUCAAAGUCAGUAAAAUGCCACUGGUUGUUGUAUGUAUGUGUUAGACCAUAGGAUGAUGCAGCAGCACACUAAAAUUUUCAAUUGUGUUCUAAAUAAGGAAUGAUAUGAUAACCUUUUAAUUGUUCUUUACUUACAGUGCUAAUGGUUUGUACUGUUUUACCGAAUAGAAAUCUUAUGGUGCUUGUAAGACCUUUAGUCUAUGCUUUACUUUUAAAGAAAACAUGUUUUUUCUUCAGCUAUCAAACAUCUGGUUGUUUUUUAAAGUAUAUAUAUGGGGGAAAGAAACAAAAAACAUGUUUUUUCACUCUUUCCCCAGUUCGUUGAAUGCUGACAAAUGCACUUUUGGUACAGCAACCGAUAUGCUAUGCAGUAGUCCUUGUCAACUUUGUAUGGGUGACUGUGGAUUGACUCUUUUGUCUGGGAAAUUCUUCCUUGUUUAUAGUAAAUCGGCUUCAUUGUUGGAACACUAUUUUAAGUCUCAUGACUUUUCACAACAUUGAUUUAAGCAGUGAUUGCUUAGAACAAUGUGAUAAUAAUUAAGCCACUGAAUUUUAGAAACGUUUAACACAAGGAAAUGUGGAUAGUGUGCUUCCAAAUACUAAGUUCUGUUGUUUUGAUACUUUGUUAUGGGUGUGUGGUUUUUAUUAAAUAUUUAUUUCGACUACUAAAAUAUUCCCAUUUACACUUAUCCACUAAUGCAUAAUUUUUAUUUCCUACAUGAAAUUAUUUGUUUGUAUUUUCAGUGUUGCUUUUACCCUUGUGCUAUGCAUAUAUUUUUGUUUAAAUAUAUUACCUAUUACUGAAGUAUGAUGACUCCCUUAAUUAUGAGAAAGAAUAGAAGAGCUGGGUGGAGAAAGAAGUAUAAGAGAUGGGUUCCUUAAUAACUUAAUCAUUAAAUCUAACUCUUACUCUCCAUGUUUUAUCUUAUUUCACGAUGUAGAAGUAUUCCUUAGCAACCCUGUUUAACCAUAGUCCUUUCUGUAACUACUCAGCUUUCUGCCUCUGGCAGUAAUCCAGCUGUAAGAUGUAAUGUUUAUCUUAGUGGGAGGGUUCUUAAAUGUCUGAAGGCUUUGCAGGGACCUUUUCAUUAUUAUGUAUCAUUUGUAAUGUUACCACAACAAUUGCUUGUAUGUUAAUAACUAGGAAAAGACUGUAUGGAUUUUUAAAAACAUGAUCUAAAAUUUGUGGACAUAACCAGGUACCUGGUGUGCAGCCAUUCCUUAUACAUAGGUUUUAGUGUUCACUGUAACACCAGGAAUCCAUUGACCGCACCUUGAAAAUUGCUGCUUUAUCUUAAUCUGUGCAUAACUUGGAUACUUGUAGCCAGAAUAGUUAUGUGGAGCUGUAUAGAAACACUAAAUUGCAUAUUAAAUUUUCCCUCCUGACCUUUGUUUUACAAAUGAAUUAGUCAUUGUUCUGGGUGAUACAAAGGAACAUUCAUUUGAAAGUGGAAGGAACUGCGUAGCAAGAAAAGGUACUUUCUGUCUGGCUAUGCAGGCCAAAAUUCUGUUUUUGUUUUGGUUUUACUAUUAAGAGUCUAGAAUCCAGUUGCCACGCUGUUAUCAUUCAGUCUGUAAAUCUGAGAGCUGAAGAGGCAUGCUCUCAGGUUCAGCAGUUGAGCUGCUGUCACUCUGCUCUAAUAUUGGCCAUACCAUACAGGUAGCUGCUCUUCAGAGACUUGCAAGAGUUGUUAGAUUUACUGACACUCAGAUGUGCCAUCAGUUUUAAAUAAAGUCAUCAGACUGGAAUAAACUAGAGUAUGCCAGUGGUAGGUCUUCCAUUCUCUUACCAGGUUAUAUGUACCCUUUGUUUCUUCUAAAAACUGUAGUAAAAGUAAGUAUUUUGACUACUGUCAAUAUGCCAAAUUGUAUUUAUCCUAUUUUAGGGUGUGUCAACCAUUUUAAACUCACAGGAAGAAUGUUACAGUAAGUUGAAGCUGUGUAACUGCUAAAAACAAACAGCAACAACAACAAAAGUCAAAUUUUAUGUUCAUUCAAAUCUGGUUUCUUUUAGUGCAUUGAGUUUUAUCAUCUCUGAAGGGAAAUAGCUGGUUAUUAUUAAUAAUAAAAACAUUUCCCUACAAACAGGCAUGUGCAAAGUGUUGCAGAUUGAAUUCACAAAGAAUGGAGUGGGAGAUAAAUUCCUUUCAGUGUGUACUGCUGUUUGCCCCUUGGUUUGGCAAUACUGGAAGAGAAAAAGUCAAGACGGGAAUAAAGAUAGAAAGAUUGGUGUAGAUGGAGGGUUACAUAUAAGGAAAGCAAGAAAAUGUGGUACGUGUAUGUUGCCAUGGACUUUGAAAUGUGAAGAUUUUGUUUUCUGCUCAGUUGCAGAGGCUUACAGAAUUGUACCUUAUUUUGAAACAAUGUAAUUUCAAUACAUUUAAAAGGAAGAUGAUGCACUGAAAUCUUAGGUGAGUCUUGGAUUCAACCUGUGAAAAAAUGCCUAUGUAGCCUAUAGCAACUUCUCAUCCAGAUCCUCAUUCCCCACCAGCCUUCUGGUAUGAACCAGACAGACUCACAAGCCUCCUGCUCUGAAGAGACAAGGUUCUCUUUGCCCGUAGGAUGCAAGAGAUGCACAUUCUUUGUUUUCCUGGAGCUACAGGACUGUUGUCACCAUGUUGCUCCUAAAUCAACAUGAAACACUGACAAAAGUAUGUUAUUACUCUGCCUUUUUCGUUUACCAAAAAUAGCUAGGCUGAAUAGGGCCUGUGGGAUACUGAGGCGGCUUCCCAUUUAAUGGGACUUCAGAACAAAGCAUGGACCUGCUUUCUCAGUGGGUGUUGUCAGUUGCAGAAGUUAAGUGCUUCAAAAGCUGCUGAAACAUUUUGGCACUGUACAUAUAGGCUGUCCAGCCCAGCAUCCAAGCAGAUUCCCCUUCUUCACAUCACAAGACUAAGACUCACUGAGAGCAGCUUUUUAUAUGCAACAGUUCAGUCUUCUGCUGCUUCAGUGUCAGAUGAGGUUUUUUCAAUAGCAAACUGUACCUUCUACAUAAAUGUAAAGCUGCCCACGUGCCUGCUUCCAGGGUACAGAGCUAAAGGCUGAGCAUGCAGGCUUGUGGCAUUUGUUUCUUCCUGAAAUUUCAUUUGGAAAGGCCCAAUGGAGAUCAAAACAAUUCUGGGAAGUUAGCAGCCCGCCCCGGGCUCUUGCAUAGUUUGCAUCCCACAAAGGCACAAGGAAGGGUCCCAUAUUGGGCAAGUGUAUGUGUCAGGGACUUUUUUGUGCAGAGGUUCUGUGAUCAUCCACCUCUGCCUAGCCAAAUGCAUAGAGCUGCUGCAGCAGAACCUGCUCCUCCUUGAAGGACCUGCUUCAGCCUAUGCCAUGUAACCAAAAUUGUGCCUCUUUGACCUUCAUCCUUGGAAUCCUGCUUUGCAUAGGAAAAAAAAGCCUGGAAAUGGAAAGGCUGGAAGACACUUCUCCUUUCACCCAUCCUUCACCUCACUUCCUCUACAUACAAAGCUUUAGCACUCUUCAUGUUUCAUGCACUCUUCGUGUUUCAGCUGAGCAAGAAGAGCCUGUCCCCCCAAACCUCCAACUUAGCUUACAAAAAAGGUAAGUAAACCACUCCUAUUUGUGAUCAAAAUAGCAUAGCUUGGUAGUUUACAUGUAUUCAUAUGCUACAUUCAAUUAAAAAAAAAAAAAAAAGAUAAAUACCAAAUUAUUUUUAUAGUAUUCGGUAAGUGGAAGCAAAACCAGUAACCAGUAUUAUUUCAAAAACUUGCAAACUACUUUUUGUGGUCUGAUAGUCCCCUUCUACAAACCAGUGGUUUGCACACAGCAUGUAUGUGUCUUUCACAAACACACGGGGGAAAAAAAAAAUGGAAAACCAUACACCUGUCUCUGUCAAAACAAAAUAAGAGAAAAAAAAAAUGAAAAACAAAACAACAACAACAAAAAGAACCUUCUACAUAAUUAUUCUUGGAUGGGAAGACUGUAAUAUACUCUAACUUUCUUGAGCUAGGAAAGAGUUACGGCUUUGAUAAAAUGUCCAUACAGAGGCACUAACAAGUUUUACAGAAGGUUUGGAGGUUACAUGCUUAUUUGGGUGAGCUGUCUUUUUCAGAUGUGAGCAGAAAGAAAGAAAUAUAAUGUGUGGGUCUUUGGGGCUUUGUGUGAGACUACACCUUGAUGUGGGAAAAUCUACAUAUGCUAAUGAGUGAAAGGGGCUGUGCUGGCAGGAACUGUAGUAACUGGUAGGUUGACAAUACAGACAAAUAGGUAUAUUUUUUAUUCUUUUUUGGGGGGGUGGAUAAAAUAAGCUUUAUAUGAGGUCAUUAAUUCUGAGUCUUUUCUGAGAUGAAACUUUUACAAAUGUGAAGCCUGAAGGAUUCUGGAUAGAAUAUAAGUAAUCAUUAAAAUAAAGCAACUUGUUCAGAUUUCCUACACCUAUUCAGCAUAUACUUUUGUUCCUUGCGUGUAGUUACCAGCAUAUUGUCUUAAAUACACGUAGCAAGGUAUUUUUAAUUCAUGUGUAUUCAUCCACACACAAUGAGAGUAGGUGGAGGAGGAAAAUACAACAAUUACAGGAUGUCUUACCAAAUGUAGAAGUAAUAAUUUUUGAUUUUUAAAAUACCAUCUUGAACAUAUUCUCACCUUUAUUUGGUUUGCAAUUGUUAACCCAGUCCUACAUUUUUGUUGUACAUGAUCACCAUUAAAGCAGGAUGCUGUAGUACUAACUUGCCAGUACUAAAAGCAAGUUCACGACAGCUGAUGCUUUCACAAGGGGAUCAGUUUUUACCUUUCCUCAGCCUUCAGUUGAAUAACAGAGCCUUGCUUGUUUGUUUGGGCACACUGUAUGUUUCACUUAUAGGCUACCAGAAAUCACGCAUCUCAUUUGGCAAGGUAUGGCAGUUUAUAUGUAGAUGUAUGGUGCCUGGUGCCUACGGCAGGGGAAUUGGAACUAGACGACCUUUGAGGUCCCUUCCUGUUGUAUGAUUCUGUGUUAAACAUGUGCCUCCUCCUUAGCAGAUAAAGACAGCCUGAUUUAUGUUGUUCAGCACACCUGAAAGCUGUAGCGGGUGGAAGUGAGGAAGCCAAUUUAUAAGAAGUGUUAAGUGUAAUUGAUAUCCAAUAAGUAUUAUAAAAGGCAUGUUUUAACUGCUGUGCUCAGAAAUUAUGCAGAACUAUGGUCUUGGUUAAAAAAAAAAAAAAAAAAAAAAAAA